GCUCUGUUUUGAUUGCUCUCACAAUAAUACAUCGCGAAAAUUCAAGUUGGGUUCCAAUUAGUGUUUGAAUUUGAAUCAUUUUCGGUGUACUGAUUAUAGUUAAAUCAUGGCACAAAGGUCAAUUUUAUCGUUUUUCUCGAAGGCGAACAACAAAAAGGAUGACCCGAUCUCUGACACUCGAGACGAAUCAGAGAGAAAGGAGGAAGGCGCUGUCGAAGGCAACAACAAUACGGUUAGUCCUGGUAUUGGUAAAAAGGAUAAAAGGCCCGCAGUGACGGACGACGAAGAUAGUCCGGUUAAGAAGAAAACAAGCCGCAAAUCGGUGGCGGCCUUCGAGUCAUCGCCAUCGCCAUCUCCGCAAAAACAACAACGUGAUGGCAGUUCGGCUGCUAGUGCACCGAAACGACCUCGUAUCGCAUCUUCCAGCAGUGAGGAUGGGGAAACCGCCAACAACAAAGCAAGUGCACAACCUACGGAACAGGUGAAAACGGAAGUGAAGAAGGAAAUUUCACCUAAGAAAAGUCCCACGAUAGAAAAGAAAGCCAAAAAGUCGAGUUCAAAAGAGAAGACUCCGAAAGGAUCAUCAAAAAAGAAAAAUUCUAAAGAUGAGAAAAAAGAUGCAGCUGAUGAGGGUUCUAAAAUCAAAAAGGAAAUCGAGACACCGAAAAAAGAAAAGAACGAGUCACCGAAAAAAGAGAAGACCUCCGAGGAUACCAAGGAUAAGGCAUCCAACGUAAUGAGUUUCUUUACUAGUACGAACAAAGACGUGGGUUCGUCAUCGGGGAAUGCCCCGAAAGCGGAAGGGGGAACCGAUUACAAUCCAGGGAAGAAAAACUAUCAUCCAAUCAAUGAUGCCUUCUGGAAGCAGGGUGAGAAAAUACCGUACCUUGCACUGGCACGAACGUUUGAAAUUAUCGAGGAAACUAGCGGCCGUCUGAAGAUGACGGAAACGCUAAGCAACUUCUUCCGAUCGGUGAUUCUACUCAGCCCGAAAGAUUUGCUUGCUUGUGUUUACCUCAGUUUGAACCAGUUGGCUCCUGCCUACGAAGGGGUUGAGCUGGGUAUAGCCGAACACACGCUCAUGAAAGCGAUAGCUCAAAGUACGGGACGGAGUUUGAGUCAGAUAAAAACGGAUGCUCAACAUACGGGCGAUCUGGGAUUGGUUGCUGAGCAGUCCAAAAGCAGCCAGCGUAUGAUGUUCCGUCCGGCACCGCACACCAUCGACGGGGUGUUUGGGAAAUUGAAGGAAAUUGCCAAAAUGACCGGUACCGCUUCGAUGGCCAAGAAGAUGGACAAGAUUCAGUCCAUGUUUGUCGCGUGUCGUCACUCGGAGGCACGUUUCAUUAUUCGUUCGCUGGCGGGAAAGCUUCGAAUUGGACUGGCCGAGCAAUCGCUGCUGCAAGCUCUAGCCCAGGCAUGUGCCAUGACACCGCCCAAUCAAAGUGACAGCAAAGAACCCCUGGUAAAUGCUCUGAGUAAGUGCAGUGAAGCCACGGCCAAAGCCAAGGUAGAUGAAAUAGCGCUUACUCUCAAAACGGUGUACUGUCAGUGCCCAAAUUACAACAAAAUCAUUCCGGUUUUGCUCGAGCACGGCAUCGACCGUCUGCUAGAGCACUGUCCAAUGAUUCCGGGAACGCCACUGAAACCUAUGCUGGCUCAUCCGACCAAGGGUGUGCAGGAGGUGCUGGAGCGGUUCGAUGGAAUUGAUUUUACCUGUGAGUGGAAGUAUGACGGCGAGCGGGCUCAGAUUCACCUGCUGGAGGAUGGCGGAGUCAAUAUCUACAGUCGCAACCAGGAAAACAAUACCAGCAAAUAUCCGGACAUCAUUGCCCGGUUGGAUCGCACCCGAACGGAAUCGGUGACCAGUGCCAUUCUGGAUUGUGAAGCGGUCGCCUGGGAUCAAGAGAACAAGCAGAUUCUACCGUUCCAGAUAUUGAGCACCCGGAAGCGGAAGGAUGCCAGUGAGGCCGACAUCAAAGUGCAGGUCUGUGUAUUCAUGUUCGAUUUGCUGUACCUGAACGGAACGCCACUGGUGGAACGACCGUUUCUCGAGCGUCGUGAGCUGCUCUACAAACAUUUUCGCGAGAUCGAGGGUGAGUGGACGUACGCCACCCGACUGGACACGAACGAUGUGGACGAAGUGCAACGCUUUUUGGAUGAAGCAGUGAAGGGUAACUGUGAAGGGUUGAUGGUGAAAACACUGCAGAAGGAAGCUACCUAUGAGAUUGCGAAGCGUUCCCGGAAUUGGUUGAAACUGAAGAAAGACUACCUGACGGGUGUCGGUGAUUCGUUGGAUCUGGUGGUUAUCGGUGGCUAUAAGGGAAAGGGCAAACGGACCGGCACCUAUGGCGGUUUUUUGUUGGCAUGCUACGACGAAGACAACGAAGAAUAUCAAAGUAUUUGCAAAAUCGGAACGGGAUUUUCCGACGAGGACCUACAGCAGCAUACGGACUUUCUGAAGGGACAGAUCAUUCCGCGUGCUAAAAGCUACUACCGCUACGAUGCAUCACACGAACCGGACGAUUGGUUUGAACCGGCCCAGGUUUGGGAGGUGCUGUGCGCUGAUCUUUCUCUGAGUCCGGUUCAUCGGGCCGCUGCCGGAAUCAUCGACGGCGAAAAAGGAAUUUCACUUCGUUUUCCUCGAUUUAUCCGGAUUCGCGAUGACAAAACCGUUACGGAUUCAACCUCGGCCAAACAGGUAGCCGACAUGUAUCUUAAUCAGGAUCAGAUAAAAAAUCGACAAGGUCAACAGCGGGAUGUCGAAGAGGACUUUUAUUGACAAGGUACAUUGGUUUCAUUUGAUAAUUUAUGUUUACAAGUUCGAAUAUAAUUUUAAUCUACUUAUCGUGAAGCAAAAAAAUAA